AUGGUAGUUAGGCUUCAAUCUGUAGACAGACAGACAGAAAAAGAUGCUCUGCGCAUGCGCAAAGGACUAAGGUUGGAAUGGAAAGGAACAGCAAUGGACUUUGUUACCGCCAAUAUAACUUCGGCAGUUUCCCUCUUAUAUCUGUCGAAAUUGCCUAACGCUGUAAGAGCCAAAUUUGAGAAUUCUUUGGGCCCUGACGACUUACCUGCUUUUGACCACCUGAUGAAAUUCAUUUCCAACCAAGAAAAAUCGCUGGAGGUAACCGCCAUCAAUGAGGUGAGCGAACAGUUAUCUAGUGCUAGUUACACCGCUAUACCAACCGCAAAAGUGAAGACUGAAGAUCAUUCACAAGUAGUAAAACCGCAAUUUACUGAAAACAAAAGUGGCAGCAAUCUGUGUGUACUAUGCAACAUUCCUCAUCCAUUGUACAAAUGUGAGCGCUUUAGGAAGGAACCUAUCAACAAACGAAUGGAUAUUGUCAAGCAAAACCACAGAUGCUUCGGAUGCCUCGGGUCCCACCUCAAAGCCAAAUGCAAUUCACUGUCCUCUUGUCGUGCAUGUAAAUCAAUCCAUCACCAUACCCUGCUAUGCAAAAAUAAUGAGAGUUCACAAUCCUUUUUAAUUGCUGAACGCCGACCAGAUCGCUACCCUUCUGGCUCUCAUAAUAGGCCUACCAUAUCUAGUUACCAACCAGCUUCCACCUCUGGAGGUGCUAGCUGUCGCUCCCCGCCACCAGGAUUUGAACCAAUGUCAACACAGCGGUUUACCGAUGACAUACACUCAUCACAAUAUGUAAGUAAUUCAUGUUGUACCGAUUCGAGAAUCCCGCAAAACACGGCCAGUCCCUCACGGUCUUCUUCGUCACCUUUUGGCACAGCGCCUGUGACCAAUAUCUCAACCCCAACCCGCAGUUCAUCCACCGGCAUGCCGGACACCUUCAGUGGCUGUGCACAAGUGAAAGCUGUACACGCUUCUGCUUUACUGGGCACCGCUAUCGUUGCCGUUGUUGAUCAAUACAACCGAUCACAAUUACUACGUGCUGUAUUGGAUUGUGGCUCCAUGAGAUCGAUUAUCACUACCCGAGCUGCCCAGCAACUUGGUAUCACCAUCAUGCCCGCACGCAUUCAGAUUAAUGGUAUCUCUGAACAAGCGACCGCUGUAAAAGGUACCACUCAUUUGACACUGCUAUCUCGACCGCAGUUUAACACCUUUCUCCAAACUGAAGCCCUUGUCUUAGAGCAAAUAGCUGGUGACCUACCCGCUUUUCCAAUCAGCAGUGAGCUCAAAACCUCACUUUCACUUUUGGAUCUCGCUGACCCUGGUUUUGACCAACCCAAUAGGAUAGACCUCUUGAUUGGAGCUGACAUUUAUCCUAAUGUAUUUGUUUCUUCCGCCAAUGCUAUUAUACCAGGAAAUCCCGCUGCCUUCGCCACUAUAUUUGGCUAUGUUCUGAGUGGAAAGCUAAAUAUUGAGGACUCGCCUGCUCCGCUUCAUCAGAUGCAACUUAUCUGCACCAUGUUUGCCCGCGAAGAACCGCUUGCUGAGGUCAUGAACAAGUUUUGGGAGACUGAAGAUGUCCAAAUAAAUGCGAAACUCUUAUCACCUGAAGAUGAACUCUGUGAACAGCUCUAUGAGUCCACUACCUACCGCAAUGAUGAAGGCAGAUAUGUAGUCGCACUCCCCUUCAAGCCUAGCGCGCCUGUUCUUGUUUCAAACCGCAAGCAAGCUUAUCGAAGUCACCUUGGAUUAUUAAAACGCUUGGAAAAUUCUUCGGAACUAAAGAAGAAAUACGACAACUUCAUGACAGAAUAUCAUGAGCUUGGCCAUUUGGAACUUGCCAAAUCCGCUUCUGACUAUGUGAUUCCACACCAUGCAGUUUUUAAAAAUAAGGACCCCACUCAGAAAAUCAGGGUGGUGUUUAAUGCUUCCAGCAAGGAUAUCAAUGGGCAUUCACUAAAUGAGAAUUUGUUACCAGGGCCAAAACUGCAGUCCAAUAUUAUUCAAGUAUUGACCAAAUUCCGCACUUACAAGUACAUUGUCCUUUCUGAUUGCAAGCAGAUGUAUCGCCAGAUUUUGUUAAGGCCUGAAGACUGCCGUCACCAACAUGUUUUUUGGAAACCUAAUUAUCAUGAACCUGCAAAAGAAUUUGAACUUAAAACCGUAACCUAUGGGCUUACUUCCAGUGCUUAUUUAGCGCAACACACAUUGCAACAACUUGUCAAGGAUGAAGGAGAAGCAUUCCCUCUGGCAAGUAAAGUUUUAACAAGUCAAACUUAUGUUGAUGACCUGCUGGGAGGAAGUAACAAUUUUUCUGAAGCACAAACGCUUAUUUCUGAACUGAUUGAGUUAUUGUUGCUUGGCUCCUUUGAACUUCUGAAAUGGAACUCUAAUACUCCUGAAUUGAUCGCUAACUUGCCUGCAGAAUUUUUGGAAAAUCAAGAUUGUAUGUUUGAUGACAACGCUACUGCAAAAGUUCUUGAAAUUGUCUACAGCCCGCUCGCGGACAACUUUCGCUAUUUCAUUUCUCCUUUUAAUGGGCAAAUCACUAAAAGAACCGUUCUAUCAUUCAUCGCUCGAGUCUACGACCCCCUUGGGUGGCUCACUCCUCUCAUAAUGCUGUUCAAGCUAUUCAUGCGCACGCUGUGGUUCCAGCAAUUAGCUUGGGACACUGAGGUUCCAGCCUCACUUCGAGCUCAUUGGGAGCUGAUUACCGCUGAAAUUUCCCGUUUGGACAAUGUUGUAAUCCCGCGUUUACUCGCCUGUAACCGCUCUACUACCCGGCUGCUUGGAUUCGCCGAUGCCUCCGAAAAGGGGUUUGCUGCUUGUAUAUAUAUUCAUGAAGAGACUGAAAAUAGAUAUGUUAACUGCCGUCUCAUAGCCGCCAAAAGUCAUGUCGCCCCGCUGAAAACUAUGACAAUUCCACGCCUGGAAUUGAUGGGUUGUUUGCUGCUUGCUCGUUUACUAUCCGCCAUCUUACCUACGCUGUCCGAAUAUGAUUUACAAGAAAUUCGACUCUACACCGAUUCCAAGACUGCCUUGGAUUGGAUCAACACACCCACAUACAAAUUGCAGAUUUUUGUUGCCAACAGAGUACAGCAAAUUACUCAGUUAACAAAACUUGAGUCAUGGCAUCACGUUACUUCUGCUAACAACUGUGCAGAUAUUGCUUCGAGAGGCUUGACUCCCGCUGAAAUCGUCUCCUGCCAUGAUUGGUGGCACACUACCAAUGCGUUUCGUUGUCUCGCCACUGACUUUCCCGUGUCCAAUCAUCUUGUUUCCAACAUUGUACCUGAGAUGAAAACUAACCCGCUGUACAUUCUCGCUACUGUUGAAGAACCAAUUGAGAAUCGUUUGUAUACCGCUAUAGAACGUGUAUCCAAAUUUGGAAAGCUAUGUUGUAUUUUUGUCUACAUACUAAGAUUUGUCAACCGCAUCAAACCAGCCCGUUAUGAAUAUCGCUGCAAAAUAGUCAAACAGAUUGAAACCUGUGAAACGCCUGCCUCAAUUGACACCACCGCCUGUGAAGCUGAAAUAGCUAGAAAACUCAUUGUUCAUGUUGUGCAACGGGAUAAAUUUCAGAAGGAAAUAACAGAGUUGAAAGCUGGAGAAUGUCCUAAGCAUCUACUAACGUUAGAAACCGUACAUUGA